UUCUCUGCUUCCAGAUAGACCCGCAAUGCAGCAACCUAUAAUGUGAUUAUGGUCUUCACGGUUCGAUGCAUACUAGGAUGUUUCCUAGUGGUGUUAUCUUGCACGAUAAUCCAGCCUGCUUCGUUAGCAGGCCGAGACGAGAGCCUGGUGAAAGUAGCGAAGACUGAGGAGAUCCCUGUUACAACCGCAACGACUCGAGGAACCGUGAGGUACACGACUGUCCUCCCGGAGGUGGACGAGAAUGAUAUCAAGAGGGAAACGACGACAAGCGGCGUCGUGCUGAAUGUCAUCAAGAACAGCACGAGCGAGGAGAACGUUAUCAAGAACAUCACGACGUCCUCAGAAGAAAACUUGAUCAAGAAUGAUAUCAGAAACAUCACGGCGUCCGCAGAUGAGAACCUAAUCAAGAAUGAUGAUAAGAACAUCACGACGUCUUCAGAUGAGAACGUUAUCAGGAAAGAGUACAACGCAACGCGCACCGAUAACUCGAGAUCAUUGGAUUUCGAUAUCAGCAAGUACACAUCACCGGAAUUCCAAAGCCGCAACGCCGUUUACAAUCUGCCUACCUCACCUGAAAACGACAAGUACAUAGAUCCGGAGAUCAUCGCCAAAUCUUACAAACCUUCUUCGGAAUUUUCCUUCGAUUUUACGACGCCCAAAAGCGAAUCCUUCGAUAAGAGAUACCACGAGGUCCAAGAAGAAAUCAUCAGGAAAAUUGAAUCUCCCACUUUGGAUGAGCUCAUAGAAAGGAGCAAAGACAACAGAACCGAUACAGAUUUGAACGUGAUUCGUUACGUCACCAAUUCCAGCGACGAUAGAAGCGGCGCCAAUUUCAAGCACAAGAGCAGCGAGAGCGAAAAAGUUUUGAAAGUGAACUUCGAGUCUAAGUAUAAUGAGACGAAGAACUUGGAUAACAAGAUCUCGCCCGAAGGCACGGACUUACCAAAGAAGAUUAGUAAAGAUUCCCUGGUGAGUAAUAAGAUUAAAACCGAAAUUCUGAAGGCCGUCGAUGUUAACUCGAGGGGAUCCACGAGGUACGCGGAUAGUCUGAAGACUACAACAGAAAUCCCCAGAAACAAGAAUUACGAGCAAAGCGUGCAAGAGAAUAACAUUCAUCCGGUGAUCGUUCCGGUUCCCAUCGCCACCACGGAAUCCACGACUACCGUCAACUUGUUUGAGAUGACUGCUGAAGAAUCCGUAGAGACAUCGACGGAGUACUUUACUUCAGUUUACACGACCUCGCACGAUAACCAGGAAUACUUUGAGAUGACUUCAGAGUCAACGACAACUGUGCUGCCUGAAUCAACAUUAACAACUACAUUUGAAACAACGACACUGGAAUCGUUAACAAAAAUAGAAGAAUCAACAACUAAAAUGAUGGAAUCAACAACCAAGAUAAUGGAAACAACAUAUUUACCAUCAACAAUGCAAUCUGAUGGGACAACAAUGCUUCCGACAACUGCGGAAGAAUCGUCGACUCAAUUUACGGAAGCUGCGGAUGAGACAACAACUGAAAUUGUUAAGGAGACAACGAAUCCUGAAACCACAACCGAAGAUUUUUCGACUACUGAAAAUGCUGUGAUUAAAGAUGAAUCGAAAAUAACCACAAGCGAAAGAAGUCGCAGCACCAAAAACAUGAAAAUAUUCAACAUCCCAACCACUCAGGAAGUCACAGAAGAAUCAACAACUGAAGCUGACUCUGAGGACCCCACGGAGUUGACCAAUUUAACCAUCACGGAAGCUACAACAGCAACUGAAGUUCGCAAUACCACAAGUAACGAUGAUAUGAUGGUCUCUGAUCAAUCCACAAUUCAACCAGAAAUUGAAGAUGUUGUAACUAAAUUACCGCAAACCGCAGAAAUAUCCACUCUCACUAAUCUUAUUAUUACCACUGCUCAAGUCAGGUCUUCCACUUUGAAAGAUGACGUUACGACUGAAAUGUCUACGAUUGCUGUGACCACGCAGAAUGCGAUUAUGAAGGAGUACGAUGGGAAGAUAGCAACAGAAAGUGCACCAAAGAUUGAUGUGAAAGAGAACGAUAUCGUCAAAGAGAAUGUAACUAAGAUUAAUCAGAAUGAAACUAGCGAUAUCGAAGAUGAUGCGGAUGAUAUCGUAGAUGAAAUGGAUUACAUGGACGUGCACAGUAAAAAGUCGAAUAAGACUAAUGAGGAGAUUGAGAUUGUGCCGAUGAAACCGGAGAGGACCACUCAAAGUGUUAGGAAGUUGAUACCAGAAGUGCGGAAGAUCACAACAACUACCGUGUCUUACCAAUUGGACGUUGAAGAGAAAGAGGCGGAGAGCGACACGGAGGAGAGUCGGAUGCCGGAGGAGGAGAAUUCGGGCACUGUUAUAGCUAUAAUCAUUUCUUCUGUCGGAGCAGUUUGCUUAAUUAUCUUAGCUGUUUUAUUGUUCGUGAUGAGGCGAAGACAAAAGCGUUUCAACUAUGGACAAAGAUGCACUCCUGUUAGCUUGGACUCGUAUAGUAUGGACAACGUUUCAGUGUACAAUAGCGUGAGGAGGAAAGCCAUCAGAGGAUCUAAACGCUCCUACGGAAAUCCUGCCUUCGACGAUGCGACGGUGUCGCAUCCGUUGAACUUCCAAGGCAUCUCCAAGUUCGCCACGAACACGGAAGAUAUAAGCGACGAGUUCGAGGAGAUUCCUCAGGUAACGGCUCGGAUGACCGAGUUGCCGGAGGGCUGCGACACGAAGAACCGCUACGCCAACGUUAUCCCCUUACCGGAGACACGGGUCUUCCUUUCGCCGGUCGACGACGAUCCGACCGGCGAUUACAUCAACGCCAAUUACGUAACCGGUCCAAAGGGUGUCCGAGGGUAUUACAUCGCAUGUCAGGCGCCGAUGCAGAGCACCGUCAACGAUUUCUGGAGGAUGAUCUGGGAACAGCAGUCCAAAGUCGUACUGAUGCUCACCCACAUGUAUGAAAACGGCGUGGAAAAAUGCGUGGAUUAUCUUCCACCGUCCGAAGUGUUGGAUUGCCAUCGUCUCUUCGGCGAUUACCAAGUGACCUUGAAGAAGCGCGAAGUCAAAGACAAGUACAUCAUUUCCAGUUUACAGCUGAAGAAUAUGGUGAGUAACAGCUGGAGGGAGAUCACGCACAUCUGGUAUUCGGGAUGGCCCGAGAAAGGCGUCCCCGAAGAGGAAAACUCGCUGAUAGCAUUCCUCAUCGAAGCCAGGAGUUACGUGAAACUGAUACAAAAUAGUGCAGACAUCAUGCCGAGGGAGACGAACGGAAACAUAAAUCCGGAAGUGUGUCCGGUCGUGGUGCACUGCAGUCCUGGAACGGCCAGGACGGGAACGGUGAUAGCUUGUGAUAUUGCUAUCAGGGAGUUCGAGAUGAAGCGUGUAGUGGAUAUACCCAAGAUCGUCUACAAGAUCCGAAGAGGCAGAGCCAGUUCUGUCCAAACCAAGGAUCAGUACGCCUUCAUUUACAGGGUAAUAAACACGUAUGCAACCAAAUUAACGGGCGGAGCCUUGGAUACAAUUUAGUUACGUAACAAAUAUACAUAUAUAUAUAUAUACAAAUAUUAUGAUUAUUAUUAUUUUGUGUGUGUGUGUGUGUUAGUUUAACGUGUGUAAGAACUGUAAUUUUAUUAUUGUGAUAUUACCGAGAAAAGUGGAAAAUGCGAAACCCGCAAGAAGAAACCGCAAGCAACGUUUCUUCGGUGAAAAAAAACAAAACAAAAAUCACACGUAAAUGGAAAUCCAUUCUAUUUUUGUUUUGU